AUGGAGCGCGGCGGCGGCGGCGGCGGCCGGAGCGGGAGCCGGGACGGAGGGGCCGGCGCGGGGCCCCCAGCUCCCGGGAAGAUGGCCGAGCCCGGCGCGGUGCGAACCUCGCCCCCCAACCACCGGCCUUCAGGCAUGGACGGGUUUUUAAGAUCUGAUGAGAGACAAAGACUAGCUAAAGAAAGACGAGAAGAAAGAGAAAAAUGUCUCGCUGCCCGGGAGCAACAGAUCCUGGAGAAACAGAAAAGAGCCAAGCUCCAGUACGAGAAGCAAAUUGAGGAGCGAUGGCGGAAACUGGAAGAGCAGCGGCAGCGGGAGGACCAGAAGAGGGCUGCUGUGGAGGAGAAGAGGAAACAGAAGCUCCGGGAGGAGGAGGAGCGGCUGGAGGCGAUGAUGCGCAGGUCUUUGGAGCGCACACAGCAGCUGGAGCUGAAGAAGAAGUGCUCGUGGGGAGCAUCUUCGCUGGCGGGGGGGCCCGGAGGUCGAGAUGCAUGUGACAAACUUUCAACAUCAACCAUGAAUUUGCCAAAGCAGAUGGAGCCUCCCAUGAGUAAGCGCCUGUCUUCCUCCACCGUGGCAAUAUCCUAUUCCCCAGACCGAGCUCAUCGCACACACCUUAGUCCCACGGAGCCCUUUCUUGUUUCGCGACUAUUGAUGCCCACACAGGCUACUAUAGCCAGAGACAGAAGUUCACUCUUGCUCUCUGAGCAGGCCAGUGACUCAGUAUUCCAUGCCUGUCCUCGUGUAGCUCCUGCUGGCUCUCUUAAGUCUUCCUACAAGUCUUCUCCCACUCGGAACCCGGAGAAAAAGAAGGCUCCAUCUUCAUCUGGUGGAGGAGAUGCUGGGAAAGGAGCCCCCGCAGGAGCAGAGUCCUCUCCGACACAGAAGGCAAAGAAGGGGCAGCGAACAACAACUUCUGUUCCCAGUGUGGGCCUGGGGUCCCCUCUGAGAAGAUGCGACUUCCCAGGAGGUGUUUCUAAGAGGUCGUCUUCUCCCGUGACAUCCAAGACAACUGCAAAAGCAUAUCCACAGUCUCCAAAGAAUGUGAAGCCACCAUACCUGGGAUCUCCGGGGAAAUACCGCAGCCCAGCCUUUCCCAACCAAGAGACUCCCAAGAAGAAAGCUGAGAAGGAGAAGAGCAACAAGGAAAGGGAGGGCACCGUGGGCCCGCAGGCGCUCAGCCCGCCUGGAGAGGAGACUCCUGAGAAGCACGUGGCAGACAAGCACGUCACGGAGAAGCACGCGGCCACAGGAGCAAAGGCUGAGAGCGGUGCAGCCUCAGGGAAGCCCCCAGCAGGCACCACCGAUGCAGAGGAGGCUUCGAAGAUCCUGGCUGAAAAGAGACGCCAAGCUCGACUGCAGAAGGAGCAGGAGGAGCAGGAGCGGCUGGAGAAGCAAGAACGAGAUAGGCUGGAGAGAGAGGAAUUGCAACAAAAGGCAGAAGAGGAAAGAGUUCACCUAGAAAAGGAAACCCAUAAGCAGGAAGAAGAAAAGAAGCCGCAGGAAGAGGAAGAGAAAAAUAAGGUAGAAGAGGAGGCCAAGCAGAAGGCCAAGGAAGAGUUAUUGUUGAAAGAAGAGCAAGAGAAGGAAAAGCAAGAGAAGGAAAAUCAAGAAAAAGCCAUGAUUGAAAAGCAGAAGGAAGCAGCAGAAGCAAAGGCCCAGGAGGCAGCUAAACAGAUGCGUCGAGAAAGAGAACAGAUCAUGCUGCAGAUUGAGCAGGAGCGACUGGAAAGGAAGAAGAGAAUAGAUGAAAUCAUGAAGAGAACGAGAAAGAGUGAGGUGUCCCCAGAAGUGAAGAAAGAAGACCCUAAAGCAGAGCUUCAGUCUGCUGUGUGUGUGGAAAAUAAGACAAAACCAAUUGCUCCCAACAAAAUAGAAAUCAGUUGCUUGAACACCUGCCAGGAAGUUAAUGGUGUGGGGAGCUCUGCCCCAGAAAGUUUUCCCCGAGAUGUUUUCUCUAAUGGACUUAAACCAGUUGGGGGACUUGUUCAUCUGGACACCCUGGAUGGAAAAUCGAACAGUCUAGAUGAUUCAACUGAGGAAGUUCAGUCUAUGGAUGUGAGCCCUGUCUCAAAAGAAGAGCUUAUCUCCAUCCCAGAAUUUUCCCCAGUGAGUGAAAUGAUUCCUGGGGUGUCUCUGGACCAAAACGGAACUGGUCAUGCCCGAGCACUUCAAGAUCUCUUAGAUUUCACCGGCCCCCCCAUGUUCCCCAAGAGAUCCAGUGAAAAUCUCAGCCUGGAUGACUGUAACAAAAACCUGAUCGAAGGAUUUAACAGUCCUGGCCAAGAAAAUACUUUGAACACCUUCUGUUGACAAAUACAACAUCACUUUAAUGAAAGGUGUUUGGAGAACCCCUGAAGCUGCUGGUAGUCAGAGGGGCUGCCAGCUCUCUGAAGAAGCUUCCGUCGUCCUUAACCACUGGAUUGCAAAUUAUUAGAGCGAAAUGUAACUGCAUUCUUAGUUAGUAGGUCAAAACACUGGCCGCUCUUGGUAGAAACCUUGAGGUGUCGGCCUUGUCCGGCUUUAGCGAAGUUUCACGUUCUGGUUCUAUUUAUGAGCUUCAGCUGCUGAUAAAGCGCUUCCCAUGCUGCUCUAGUAUCCUUGUGACCCUCCGAAUAACCGGAGUGACUAUGGCCUGGAAAUUCACCUUAGAAGCAUCCUUAUUCCCAAAGUUGGAGCGUAUAAACAUUUAGAUGUCUUUUCUUGUAAAUAUUCUAGACAUUCACCCAGACUCUACCUAAACAUAUCCCGAACUUGGGCGCAUAUCUCCUGUUUUUGUUUAGAAGGACAAGAAAUUCAGAAGGGUUUCCCCCUCUCAGGUUUAUUAUCAUGGAAGUUUCUGUCUAGAAGCUGUUUUGUAUUAUUACACCUAGCCACCUGCAAGAUGUGUCGCCCCAUGUUACUCUUUGGGGGGGCUAAAGGAUUAAGUCUGGUUGAGGAAGGAAGCCAUUAAGCAGUAGGGAAUGAUUUCUGCUCUCUUAUGCAUAUUUUUCAACAAAUGGGCACUUGAAGCUUGCAGCGACCUUUGCAUGUUGCACCUCGAAAGCUCCAAGCUGCAGUCACUCCAAACCCUCCAGGCUGUUGGACUGGAUGAAGCGUGUGCUCACCCACAGGUGGUUGAGUCUCACGGUGGUGGUGGUGGUGUUUUUUCCUCUUGGAUCUUGGGGGGAGGCGGGGAGCUUUUGUUUGUUUGCACCUGUAUUUGCUCAACUCUAAUGAAACAAGGCACCAAUGAAGCGAGAUUCCUGAACUGGAUCCAAUAUGUCACUUUAACAGACUUGAACUUAAAAAACACCCGAAGGGGGGAAAAUGACGCUAGAAUGUAUACUCCACAUCUCAUGCUGUGUAAUAGUGUCUUCUUCAUUUCUUGUGGGGAAAUGAGACUUUCAAAUUAACAUGACCCUUCUUUGAAUUUUUUUUCCGCUUUUACAAUAAAGAGCUUAGAAAGAUCUGUGAUUGAGAGAUUUGCAAUCAGAAGACAUAAAGAAGUAAUCAGUAGUAAUCUUGUUCAUUUUGUGCUUUUAAAACCAGCUACAGUUUAACUUAUAGAAGCUGUGUAUGUUUGUGUAUGUGUAUAUACUAAAUAAAAUACAUGCCGCCAAUAAUGCAGUGCCAUGGAUUUUGAU